ACUUAUCAACGUAAACAAAAUUGAAGUUGUUUAGUUUUUGGUACCAAUUUUCUUUUAUUACAUUAAAUUAUGACUAUAUAUCAUUUAUACAUUUUCGAUAAAUUCGGCACUAUGCUGUACUACGCAGAAUGGAACCGCACGAAAAAGUCUGGUGUUAGCAGAGAAGAGGAAGCUAAACUCACUUAUGGCAUGCUUUUCUCAAUUAAAUCCUUUGUGAGUAAAAUAUCACCUCAUGAUCCUCGUGAGGGUUUUCUCUACUACAAAACUAACAGAUAUGCUCUUCACUAUUUGGAGACGCCCUCUGGUCUAAAAUUUGUGUUGUACACCGACACAGCUGCACUGAAUGUAAAGGAACUGUUGCAGCAGUUGUACAGCAAAGUGUGGGUAGAGUAUGUCGUGCGCGAUCCACUGUGGUCACCUGGCACUCCUGUGACAUCGGAACUGUUUCAAUCAAAGUUAGAUGAGUUUAUAAAGCAGUCAUCCCUCUACGGCAUUCGUAAUAUUUGAAAGGAUUUUUCUUAUAUCCAUAUUCGUUACAAAGAGUAUAGUCGAAGAGUAUUUGCUAAAUGUGCUGAUAAGUUAGAUAAUUUAGACUGUUAUAUAUUUUUUCAUACAUUGUUCAUAUUUGUAUGUAUAAAGCAGCUUUAAUUACCGAGCGAAGAGGUUGCAAGAGAUAAUUUUGUUUCGAUUCGAGUUCUUUCUUUCAGAAUAAUUACUUAUUUCAUGAAUUAAAAAAAUUAAUUGAUUAAAAAGACCUGUCCAAAUUAUCAUUUAGCAAUUAGUUCUUCAUGUCGAAAGGCUGGAUAUCCAGAUUUUGUGUUCCCUCAAUAAUAUGCCACAGCCUUUUUGCGAAAAAGGCGAUCCUCACAUAUUUACUUGAUUUAAAAAUACUAGAAUUCAUUCUUCGCUCAAAUAGUUAAAUAAAUAUUUCUGGAAUACUUUGCAAGCCCAUUGGAAACCUAAAAUAACUUUACGGUAUGUUACUUUUAAUUUUAUUAAUGGCGUAAAAUGCAGUUUCACUCGAGCAUAUAAGUUUUACGAAUUUUAGCAUUUUUCACUAAUUUGAGCAUUUUUAUAAUGCAGACUUCAGAACUAAAGCAAGUAUUGUUGGGGCAGUUCACCUGCUUGACUUUUUCUUAUAUAUAAGCAGAUUACCCCCUCUAUAAAGUGUGCAAAUUUAGUUGCAAAAUACUACCUGUAUAUUAUUUGCUUAUAAGUUAAUUUGCUUGUGCUUAAUGGAAAUGGGUUCUUAUUUCUUAGUUUAGAAUACUUUGUACUGUAAAUUAAAGUUAAAUGAAUAGAUAAAUGAAUAGGUAGAAAAGUUUAGUAACAAACGUUUUUGUUCUCACUUAAUGAUUUUUUUACAAGAACGAACUAAAAAUGAUGUAAUCCUUAGAACGCUGAUGAUUGAGCCAUGCUUUGUACUGUAGAUUUAUGUAAAAUAAAUAAAUUAAUAAAUACAAAAAUUUUGUAAUAAGUAUUUCAGUUUUUAUUACUGAUUUUCUUUUUUAUAUAAAACAUAACUAAAAAAAUAACACUUUCCAAUUGGAACGCUCACAUUUCAAAUCUUCUCUUUUUAAUAGUUCGAUGACGCCUCGCUUGCUGAUGUUAAAUAGAAAAAUUACAAUAUGAAAAUAAAAUAGAAAAUCUUACAAUGAGCACAAUUUCACUCAGG